UAAACUUUCAAUGAAAGGGUCUGAUCUUGACCCGUAAAAGGUGUAACAGCUGUAAACAGGCCCCGGUACAUCUUCAUAUCGUAUAGCUGAAAUGGCUUCAGCUCACCGAAGGCAACUUGGGAGGGAGAGGAAGCGAGGAGAGAAGUAGAAACUAGGGCACUGUUAUCUGGCCCCUUUUUACCAACCACAAGGCGCAUGGCAGGGAAACAGAAAGAAAGAGCUGUGGACGGGAGAGCAGGAGAGAGGAGAGGACGUCUCAAGUGUCGUGAAGCUGCAGACGAGACGGGGGAACCUCUGGAGUCAACAUCCGACGUCAAGGAUCUGAAGACAAACAAGACAACCUUGACUGUCCUACACAGUCUUUACGAUCACACACACUUCAUCUAUAAGCACACACACACUAGCAUUUCAAACACACACACGUGCAAACACGCUGCGCGUCCACAGCGUCGCGCACACAUUGAGCGGCAACAUGUUUGAGGAGCAGGCGACCAGGGUCAAGAUCACGUCUGUGGUGAUCGUGGUGGGCAUGUCGUCGAUGCUGGCGGCGGUGGUGACCGACCACUGGGCCGUGCUCAGCCCCCGGGUGGAGAAGCUCAACGCCACCUGCGAGGCGGCCCACUUCGGCCUGUGGAGGCUCUGCAAGAAGAGCAUCUUCAUCGUCGAGGAGGACCCUCAGGGCAAAGGCUGCGGCCCCAUCAGCUUACCUGGAGCUAAAAACUGUUCCUACUUCAAACACUUUACCUCGGGGGAAGAAGCAGAAGUUUUUGAAGUCAAGACCCAGAAAGAGUACAAUAUCUCAGCAGCAGCCAUCGCCAUCUUCAGUCUGUUCUUCAUGAUCCUGGGCACCGUCUGUGUCGUCUUCUCUUUCGGGAAGGGACGGGACUACCUGCUCCGGCCUGCUGGGAUGUUUUUCGCCUUCGCAGGCCUUUGCAUCAUCAUUUCUGUCGAAGUCAUGCGCCAGUCUGUCAAGCGCAUGAUUGACAGCGAUGAGACCAUCUGGAUUGAAUACUACUACUCCUGGUCCUUCACCUGCGCCUGCGCCUCCUUCACCCUGCUCAUCCUCAGUGGAGUCGCCCUGCUCCUCAUCUCCAUGCCCCACAUGCCACGUAACCCCUGGGAGACCUGCAUGGAUGCGGAGCCUGACACCUUGGAGUAGCCACAGGGGAUUCCUUGUUUAGAGCGACAGAAAUGCAAGUGGUUUCGCAUCUUUUAGCCCUUUAAUCGCAUAUCCUAUCCCACAUGUUUAUCUCUACUGCAAGCCAUUUCCCAAAGCAUUCAAAGGUUUUUCCAACCUUCCAUGUCCAUUCAUUUUAGAUUAUCUUAGUUAACCGGCCACACCAAAAAUAAUGACGUUCACGUUAUCUUCACAGGGGUUAGCAGUUACAAGCAGGAAUUGCUUUGUUUAAAAGCUGAGGAAUGAUUCAUCCUUAGACUUAAGAGUCGUCUGUCGAGCAGCACCUUUUUUACAACAAGAAUUUACUAAACUCACCUUAUCAUUUUUUUUAUAAAGUCCAUGCGUGCUUUUUAAUUGUUUUGGGGGUAUGGUUUUGUGACAUCUCUUUUAAUUGCAAUGCUGUGUCUUAAGUUUAGGAUAUUGGAGCUUUCCACAAGCACCUGAACACACCACACGCCAAGCCCUGCUUGUAACUAUCAUCAUAGAGCUCCUGUUUGAAGCUAGGUUAAAGAUAACAUUGUAGAAUGAGUGUACAGGUCGAAUGCAUGCAGUUAGGUAGCAGGUAGGUAGGCCGUCCAAUUUUUUCAUGUAGGCCGAAUUAAUUAUGUUUUGUGAUUGCUGUGGGGAUAUAAGGAGAAUUUCAACAAAUAUAACAAAAAUAAAUUGUGAAAUACAU